AUGGUCGACAAACUUUAUAAAUAUGAGGGGGGUUUGUACGGUCGAUUACACGACGUUAGAGAUAAAGCAAGAGAAAGGAUAAAACAAUGGAGAGAAGAACAUCCGAAAAGUGUUCGCGAUAUCGCUUUGAACAUGAUAAAACCAAAACAAAAGAUGGACGAAGACAAAACGUUGGACGAAUACGAUCACAUAUACAGGAAAAAGACAACGAGCGAACUGAUAAGAAUAAGCGCUGCCGUUAUGGGUAUCGAAUUUAGUUAUGCUGCCGAAACGGCAUUCGUGUCACCUAUCCUUUUAAAAAUAGGUGUCCAACAUGAACAUAUGACUAUGGUAUGGGCCCUAAGUCCGAUUUUGGGUUUUCUCAUCACUCCGAUUUUAGGUUCGUUAAGUGACGGAAGCAGGUUAUCGAUGGGAAGAAGGCGGCCUUUUAUAUUAUUAUUAGCAUUGGGUGUACUCAUGGGUUUAAUAUUGGUACCGAACGGUGAAGAUUUCGGUCUCGCAUUGGGAGAUUUCGAUUUCUAUUCGAAUUUGACUAAUCGUACUCAAUACCCUAUAAAAAAUAUAUUAUCGUCAAAAGAAGUGACAAAACCGGAAAAUUCAUAUUCGAAUCAACAAUAUUCUCACCCUUGGGGUAUCUUUUUCACCGUUUUGGGUACCGUUUUGUUAGAUUUUGAUGCUGAUUCCUGUCAGAGUCCUGCUAGAGCUUAUUUAUUAGACGUUUCCUUACCGCAAGAUCACGCGAGAGGUUUAAGCACAUUUACCGUCAUGGCAGGUUUGGGUGGAUUUUUUGGUUACGCAUUGGGUGGAGUUAAUUGGGACGUCACAGCCAUCGGAAAAUAUUUAGGAGGUCACAUCCGAACGGUUUUUACAUUUAUCACAUUUCUUUUUAUAAUAUGUAUUUCUUGUACUGUGACGUCAUUUAAAGAAAUACCAUUGAAUUUUCUUCAAGAACAAAAGAAGAAACAUUUAAAAAAGCUUGCCGAAGUCAAAACACAAGAAGGUUUAAAAAUAUCUGACGUAGAAGUAUUAACGUAUGGCACAAUAAAAGAUUCUUAUUUGGACGUGGAAGAAUCACGUGGUCAUGGUCCUGGAGUAAAUGAUCAACUGGAACAAAUUAUCACGGAUGAUGUUGGAAAAGUGGUAGAUUCAUCGUCGAAUUUGGAAAUUCCAUCUUUGAAAGAAUAUCUUUUAUCGAUCGUUUUCAUGCCGAAAUCCCUGAAGAUGAUUUGUUUGACAAAUUUAUUUUGUUGGAUGUCACACGUUUGUUAUUCUUUAUAUUUUACGGAUUUUGUCGGUGAAGCUGUUUUCAACGGGAAUCCAUUGGCUCCUCAAGAUUCUCAAGAAUAUAAAUUGUACGAAGAAGGUGUUAGAUUCGGUUGUUGGGGAAUGAGCAUGUAUUCAUUAUCAUGUUCUUGUUAUUCUUUAAUCAUCGAAGGACUUAUAAAAAGGUUUAAAGCUAAAAAAGUUUACGUCGGAGGUCUUUUAUUUUAUUCAUUUGGUAUGUUCUUGAUGGCCGUUACCAAAGAUAAAAUUGGUGUCAUUUUAUUUUCAUGGACAGCCGGUGUUAUGUAUUCAACAUUGUUUACAUUACCUUAUUUAUUGGUCGCUCAUUAUCAUUCGAACGGAGUGUUUGAACUUACUAAAGAUGGCGAAGUUAAACAUAAUAGCAGGCAAAGAGGAUUGGGAACUGAUGUUGGAAUUGUCAGCAGCAUGGUUUUCUUGGCUCAAUUUACUUUAGCACUGGGUAUGGGAGAAAUUGUUAGUUGGACAGGUACGACGACAGCUGUUGUAAGUGCUGCUUCCGUUUUAGCUUUUUGCGGUGCUGUAACAGCCACAAGAGUCAUGUAUUUGGAUUUGUAA